AAGUUUUCAUACAUGAAACGCUACACUCAAAGUUGCGUUUUGACGCGGCUACUUCCGUGUAUGUUAGUAAACCUAGCUUUAAUUUAGUUGACAAAAACUGAACAAACAGGUUCUGGAAUUUUUAAUUUCCGUAGAUUUGCUAAAUAGACAUUAGCAGCUCGUCUAAUCCCAGUUCGUUAAUCCCGUCACACUUGGACACGGUUGGAGUUCGUCCAGGAGGAGGAGGAGUGUUUUACACUGUCGCCCGUGAAGUUACACACUUCGAGGACUCUGCGGCCGCACGCGCGUCGUAAACGCACACCGAGGAUUUAUUGCAUUUUUACCAGGAAGUAUGCGAGAUCAACCUGACGCAUUCAAGCGGAAACAUGGAGAAGUUGGAGUGCACCAACUAGUCUCUUGGCCUGCAUAAUGACACCCAAGUCCGGGCGUUUAAGGGCAUGAAAACUCGACCAAAGUUUGGCCAAAACCGCAAGGGAGCGACACGAUGGCAGUGUGCGGGAGAAGGAAUCGACCCAAGCUGCUUGUUCUGUUAGGAGUGACUUUAUUCGGGUAUUUAAUAUUCUUCAGACGCCACCCCGGGGAAGCUGGUGCUACAAACCGACGUGAAGAAACCCCCAGGAGGCGAGAAGUAGACAACGAAGAGCUGAAGAAGCCCGUCUACGAGAAGCCUCCCCUGGAUACGUAUGCCCUGGGAGAAAUGGGCAGAGCCGUGAAGCUGAAUCUGAACGAAGAGGAGAAGAAGAAAGAGCAGGAAAGUAUCGAUAGACACCAGAUCAACGUUUAUGUCAGCGACAAAGUGUCACUGCACCGCAGACUGCCCGAGAAAUGGAAUCCUCUAUGCAGAGAUCUCAAGUACGACUACAAGUCCUUGCCGACAACAUCUGUGGUGAUUGCUUUCUACAACGAGGCCUGGUCCACCCUGCUGAGGACCGUCCACAGUGUGCUAGAGACUUCCCCUGACAUCCUUCUCAAAGAGGUGGUGCUGGUGGAUGACUACAGUGACAGAGAUCAUUUGAAGGAGCCGUUGGAGAAAUACAUUUCAAGUUUGAGGAAGGUGCGUCUGGUCCGAGCCACAAAGCGGGAGGGCCUGGUGCGGGCUCGGCUGCUCGGGGCUUCGAUCGCCACGGGCGAUGUGCUGACGUUUUUGGACUGUCACUGCGAGUGCCACGAUGGUUGGUUAGAGCCUCUGCUCCACAGGAUCAAAGAGGAGCCGACGGCUGUGGUGUGUCCCGUCAUCGACGUGAUCGACUGGGACACUUUCCAGUAUCUGGGUAACUCCGGCGAACCUCAGAUCGGCGGUUUUGACUGGCGGCUGGUCUUUACUUGGCACGCUGUUCCAGAUUACGAGCAGAAACGUAGAAGCUCGCCCACCGACGUCAUCAGGUCUCCCACUAUGGCAGGAGGUCUAUUUUCCGUGGGAAAGGACUACUUCCAUUACCUGGGGACUUAUGACACGGGCAUGGAGGUGUGGGGAGGAGAAAACCUGGAGUUCUCCUUCAGGAUUUGGCAAUGCGGAGGCAGCUUGGAGAUCCACCCGUGCUCCCACGUGGGACACGUGUUCCCUAAAAAGGCCCCUUACUCACGAAGCAAAGCGCUGGCAAACAGCGUGAGGGCAGCAGAGGUCUGGAUGGAUGAAUACAAGGAGAUCUUCUACCACCGCAGCCCCCACGCACGACUGGAGGCGUUUGGAGACGUGACGGAGCGGAAGAUGCUCAAACAGAGGCUCGGAUGCAAGAACUUCAAAUGGUACCUGGAUAAUAUUUACCCAGACAUCUUUAUCCCACAGGAUCAGCCUGGAAUGUUUGGAAUGCUGAAGAACCGGGGGAAAACCAACUACUGCUUCGACUAUAAUCCCAUAGAUGAGAAUGCAAUCGUGGGCCAAAGGGUCAUCCUCUAUCCGUGCCACGGCAUGGGUCAGAACCAGUUUUUUGAACACACAUCAGAUGGUGAGAUCAGCUACAACACGCGAGCACCAGCUGGGUGCAUCGUGGGGGACAACGUGAGCACCUACCUGACUGUCCAGCUGUGCAAAAAGCGAGGACAGCCCGUUCCAUUGGACCAGAAAUUUAUCUUCCAAAAGGAUGGGACUCUGCUUCAUGUCCAGAGCCAGAAGUGUGUUGAAGCUGUGGAUAAGACGGACAACGGGACACCGGCCCCGUCGCUGCAGCGCUGCUCCGACAGCUUCCUCCAGAAGUGGUUUUUCGAGGAGAGGAUGUAAAGUCAUAAACUGCUCACUUUUAUUUUCCUCCUUAAGACCGAUAAUAUCCAGGAGAGGAUUGUGAGCAGAUUUAUUUGCUGGCUGGAUUUGAAAAUCCCAGAUGCCUUCUCAUCAUCAGGAUCAGCUGGGACGACUGGAACCUGUACUGUCUAAAAGCACUUGGUGGGGAAAAAUAAAUAUUCACUAGUUUACAACUUGAUGACUUGCUGUACAAUGUAGGAUAAUCUGCAUUUAUUAUUUCUUGUUUUUAUACAAAGAGAUUAAUUUAUUCCUCUUGUGCUUUUCUGAAGGGAAGUGCUGUUUGUCACCAGCUGGGCUCUCGUUGUAGUUGUGUUGUUUGUCCUGUAGAGGGGGCGAGCGCUCCUCAGACAGCGGGAUGGAUUCUCAGCAGUUCUGAUCAAGAACUGAUCUGAUGAGUCGAUGUUUGUUGCUUCGUGCCUUAAAGUCGUUAUCAUGUGACUCAUGAUGACGGGGAGACCCGCGGUCUCAGUAAGCCUGUUUACAUUCAUCUUAAGGGUGAAAUGAUAUUUAUAUUUAGAAUUUUUCUUUAUGCUUUUUCAAUUGAGUUCAAUUCAAAAAUACUUUAUUAAUCCCAGAGGGAAAUUGAUUUCUAACUUCCUUAAAUCAGGUUCAGCUUAUUUCACACAUUUUGGUUGAAAUGGGGUCAACUGGGUGUAUUUUAGGGUAGUUUAUUCUGUUAAAUCUGAGAGUCAGUGCCUUUUUGACUGUUUCAUGUAAUUCAUGUGUUUUCCUGCCACUUUAUUAGAUGAAGACGUCAGAGUUGUGACAAAGUACCUGCACUGGUGUGGGGUCUUUCCCUGGAGAGUGUACAUUUUCCUCUGGUGGGCUAAACUGGUGUGUGCAUCCCAGUUAGACGUCUGUAGAUGCCUCUGAACCGGGACUUCCGUUACUCGUGGCUGUCCCUCCGGCUAUGCAGCAGACGCUCGCUCCAGAGUGCUGCGAGGCCAUCUGGCUUCACGAUUGAUAUUUUUUUCUUGUUCUCUCUCACUUGAUUCCAAUUAUUUGUGUCAGAGGUGUUUCAGUGGAGGACUCCAGUCACGUGAGCACUCUUCUACACUCCUGGAGAAUUUUGAUAAUGGAGCUGAAUGAAUGAAGCUACUUGUGACCUCUUCUUUAAACCAUUAACCUCCUCGGACUCUGAGCCCGUCACUCCCAAAAGACCGCUGUUGGGAGCUAACGCUAAAAAGACCAUCAUGUUGAAAUUGAUUUUCAGUACUGAGCGUAUACUUCCAAGAGGACGGAUGAGUGGACGGAAUUUUGAAGAGGCACAGCUGGGGAUUGAGCGGGACGAGAAUUCCCUCGUUUGCCAAAAGUAAUCAAUGUGAGGAUUCCGCAGAUAACAUCUACAUGUUUGAGCCUACUUUACACGAGCCCAACGAAGCAGCAUUAGAUUGAUUAGUUUCCAUUAUGCACAACCACUUAGAGAUUUGUUGCUCCGUGUGCAGCUUUGGUAGACAGGACCAUGAGAUAGCUACGCUGAGACAAAGAGAUGCACGGAAGGAGCUCCAAGUCUGCUGAAAUAUGGCCAUAAUUACUGGGCUUCAGUUCCCUGUAGUGCAUAAGCGGGCUUUUUGUUGGGAUUAUAAGUCAUACAUUGCUAAGUGCUAAGUGAAGUGGACCAAAUGACCAUUGGGGACAAUAUCGGUCAUAAUAGGAGGGUAAAAGCAUCUAUCUCACUUUUUCAUCUUAGGUGUGUUCUUGCUUUGUCGUAUCUCUAAUUCCAUGCUGUAGUUCUUUUUUUAAAAUGCAGAGCAGUUCUGUUUACCUGUUUUGUCGCUAGAGGUGUGAAUCUUCACUUGUCUCCCGAUUCAAUUCGAUUACGAUUAUUGGGUCAACGAUUCGAUUCGAUAUCCCGAUGCAUCACGAUUAUUUCAUAUUGAUUUGUUUUCAUCGACAAAUAGAAGAUGUCAGAUAUUUGCUUUUUAUUAUUUAUUUUUCUAUCUAAAACGUAAUUGACACAACCUGCCAGCCCUCAAAAUCUCUCCAUCCACAACAGGUUAGGACAAAACAUUUAAACAUUUAAGAAGAUUUAACAAAGUAAAGCAAUCUGUUUCCUCGUUCAACACCACACCUCAGGCUGAGAAAAACACGCUUUGUAAAAACUCACAAAAUCUAAAAAAGUGCUGAAAACCUACAGGACACAUAAUGUAAUAAUAAAAUACAUAAUGGGUUCAUAUGUGAGUGUUUAAUGUCUCUGAGCAGCUCUAGAGUCAAAUAUUUAUGCCACAGUUGAAGGGUGUCAGAAAUAACACCAAAUGAAAUGUUUGACUUAGUUUAUUUUAUUUGAACCCAGUGGUUCGUUUCUGAAAUGUUGGAGAAUGAAUCAAGUUCUGUUUGAUGCAGAAAAUAAUACAACAUUAAACAAAUUCUACACUUCCAAUAAUA